AUGGUUUUCAUUCAGAUCCCGACCCAAUUGACGGACGAAGAGUUGAUGCUUCAGAGGAAGUAUCAAAAACUCAAACGAAAGAAGAAGGCAUUGCAGGCCAUGAAAGCGCCCAAACCUGAGCCCCAACCCAUCCAACCGACCAAGUUUUCCUGUAGUCUCUCGCCUUGCCUGCGGUUUCUUCACCGCCCCAAGUUCUCUAGAAAGGCGUUGGAGAGGAAGCGAUGCGGCGGUGCAGACAAACCCGGAGGCUAUCAGCCCUUCCAUAUGUCCCACUCCACCGAUGAGGACAAUGUGGCCUUAGAGGACAUGCCAUCGACUCGUGUGAAACCUCUUUACGAGAGUUUUGUGUCCUCUCGAGACCCGGAAUCCAUUGCUCGCGAAGAGACUUUCAGAGAGAAGCGAAGGGACGGUAAAGCAAAUUAUGUGAACAGAGAUACACCACAAACGGGAAACACUAUUUACGUCCACGGAUUCGGUGUCAAUGAGUCCAUACUGAGGACCGGUUUCUCCAUUUUCGGCAAUAUUUUGAACAUCACUUCCGAAUCAGAUAAGAAUUGUGGUUUCGUUACGUUUGAUUCAAUUGAAAGCGCGAACAAAGCCAUCGAUGAGAUGAAUAAGAAGUCUGUGAAUGGGAUCCAAUUGAAGGUAAUGUUGGCGCGAAGACAGCCGGCAGUCGUCCCCAAGACUGAGACGACUGAUUUAGGCGCUCACUCGUCGGCCGCACCUGACGUGUGGUCUACAAUAGCCGCCACUUAUUCACAGAAGAGUGGACUCAAAGACAAGAGAAGUCUUAUUAGUUAUGAAGAGAGCGAUGUCUUUGCUUCCAUGUGAUUGUCAUUCAUUUGUUCAAACAUUUCAUUAUUACAG